AUGGAACCUGCGGUACGGAAGCCAGAAGUGAGCUUCCACAGCCAGCGCAGCAUGCCCUCCAAGCAGCAGCGAGUGCCCUCGAAGCUCAAGGCCACCCCCAGGGAUGAGCUUCACGACCUGCUUUGCGUGGGUUUCGGUCCUGCCUCUUUGGCGAUCGCAAUUGCCUUGCACGAUGCUCUGGACCCUUGUCUGAACAAGUCCGCUCCUGCGCCUGGAUCGCAGCCCAAGGUCUGCUUUGUCGAGCGCCAGAAGCAGUUCGCUUGGCACUCGGGCAUGUUGGUCCCUGGUUCCAGGAUGCAGAUCUCCUUCAUCAAGGAUCUGGCGACCCUUCGUGAUCCUCGCAGCAGCUUCACCUUCCUCAACUAUUUGCACCAGAAGGAUCGUCUGAUCCAUUUCACGAAUUUGGGGACGUUCCUUCCGGCCCGCUUGGAGUUCGAAGACUAUAUGCGGUGGUGUGCGCAACAGUUCUCUGAUGUCGUGUCUUAUGGGGAGGAAGUUGUCGAUGUGACUCCCGGAAAGACGGACCCUACCAGCUCGGUGGUCGACUUCUUCACCGUCCGCUCUCGCAACGUUGAGACGGGUGAGAUCAUCGCGAGAAGAGCGCGCAAGGUGGUGACUGCACUUGGUGGCUCAGCAAAGAUGCCCCCAGGCCUGCCCCAGGACCCCCGCAUUAUGCACUCCUCGAAGUACUGCACCAACCUGCCCCACCUGCUUAAGAACCCGAACGAACCCUACAACAUUGCCGUGCUUGGAAGUGGCCAGAGUGCUGCUGAGAUCUUCCACGACUUGCAAAAGAGAUACCCCAACUCGAAGACAACACUAAUCAUGAGAGAUUCGGCUAUGCGGCCUAGUGACGACUCUCCUUUUGUGAACGAGGUCUUCAACCCCGAACGUGUCGACAAGUUCUAUAACCUCUCUGCCGAAGAGCGCCAGCGUUCCCUCAAGGCCGACAAGGCCACCAACUACAGUGUGGUCCGCCUUGAACUCAUUGAGGAGAUUUACCACGACAUGUACGUCCAGCGGGUCAAGAACCCCGAUGAGAAGCAAUGGCAGCACCGCAUCCUCCCCGGACGCAAGAUCACGCGAGUCGAACACCAUGGACCUCAGAGUCGGAUGCGGAUCCACGUGAGGGCGACCAAGGAUGGAUCGGACAGCCUUGUCGGCGACGGCAAGGAGACACUGGAGGUGGAUGCACUCAUGGUGGCGACCGGCUACUACCGCAACGCACAUGAACAGCUUUUGAGCAAUGUGCAGCAUCUGCGACCGGAGGGCCAGGAGGAAUGGAAGCCGAGCCGGGAUUACCGGGUCGAGAUGGAUCCCAGCAAGGUCAGCCCCUAUGCUGGAAUUUGGCUGCAGGGCUGUAACGAGAAGACACACGGACUGAGCGACAGUCUUCUGUCGGUGCUGGCAGCACGCGGUGGAGAGAUGGUGGAGUCGAUCUUUGGCGAGCAGCUUGCGGGUGCAACGGUGCCGGUCACGAAGUUGCGCGCUAUGCUGUAA